CGCAUUAAAAGAAUCAUCUAUUUAGUGAUACGACAGUCAGGGCAGACUGUAAGUAGAUCGGGCUUAAUUCGGGCUGGAAUAGAAUGAAGUCGGGCUUAAGCAGGGGACGGGUACAAUUUUAAAAUUUCCGCCCUCGGAGCCCUUGACUGCGCGUCGCCUCCUUUCCGUUACUCGUCAGCAGCGAAGGCCACCCAGAGCUAAGCGAGGUCGCACGUUCUCUCGAAUGAACAGCUCUUCCGCCGCACAUAACCUAUUUCUUCGUUCGCCUCGCCUGGGAUACAGAAACUGUUAUUGUGGCAGAUGUUCGGCGUCUGCUGCACGAACCCUGGNACGGCUCGCCCCACUCAGCCGCCACGCCCCACACAGAGCCCCGGAAAGGAAGAGGAGGAAGAAGAAGAACAAGAAGAAGAAGAGGAAGGACUUGGGGCAGUCCCAAGUCCCAACCCGAUUCCACCAAACUGGCCACCUCCCAUUCAAACGCACCCGCCUGACCACACUAUCCCACCUCUUCCGACACACCCCCCAUCCCCAGGGUGGCCUGGCCUGCCGGCCAAUGUAGAUUCUACAACCACGUCGAGUACGACGACAACAACCAGCCCCCCUGUACCCACGCACCCACCUGUACCCACACAACCAACCCCCACGACCGAGGCCAGCGCCCCAAUAAUGAUAGCGGAUGCAUCCUGCGGGGCAAAGAAUGGCAACCAGGAGCAGGAGCGGAUCGUGGGUGGUCACAACGCAGAACUGGGCGAGUGGCCCUGGGUCGCAGCUCUAUUCAACGGCGGGAGGCAGUUCUGUGGCGGUUCGUUGAUCGACAGUACGCACAUCCUGACUGCAGCCCACUGUGUGGCGCACAUGAGCUCGUGGGACGUAGCCCGCCUGACAGUGCGACUAGGUGACCACAACAUAAAACUGAACUCCGAGGUCCACCACAUUGAGAAGAAGGUGAAGAGAGUGGUUCGCCACCGUGGCUUCGACUCACGCACUCUGUACAAUGACGUUGCCAUUCUGACAAUGGAUUCGCCGGUCACCUUCACGCAUCAGGUGCGACCAAUCUGUCUUCCGACAGGCAGCGCUCUGUAUUCGGGGAUAACGGGGACCGUCAUCGGCUGGGGGAGUCUGAGAGAAGGAGGCCACCAGCCAGACACACUGCAGGAAGUCAAUGUUCUGAUCUGGACCAAUGACGCCUGCCGGUCAAAAUAUGGUCCGUCAGCACCGGGUGGUAUUGUGGAGCACUUCCUGUGUGCUGGGGACAAUGGUCAUGACUCAUGUAGUGGGGACAGUGGAGGACCACUGAUGAUCAACCAGGGCCGCUGGAUGCAGGUCGGCAUCGUGAGCUGGGGCAUCGGCUGUGGCAAGGGACAGUAUCCCGGUGUGUACACCCGCGUCACACACUUCAUGAGCUGGAUCACCAAGAAUCUCAAGUAGUUCCUUAACAGUGCUUGGAAACCACAUGCAGUAUUUCUAGGUUUAAACUGUGUGUGUUGGAGUGACUGAAACAGUGCCAACAUAACAAACAAGGUACGGGUCUCUUGCGUUACUUCGAGUAUGUGCGUUCCUGAAGGAAAUAUACUUAACUUAUUCACAA